UAUAAGCAAUCCGAUCCAAGGCUGAAGCAGAAGAGAGAUGCUGCUAGCAUCCGGCAUGUCAAGGUCAAGCAGCAGCGUGUCGUCCUCAUCACUGCUACUCUUGAUCACCCUGCUUGCUGCUCUGCUCCAUUGCUCCCUGCUUAUUCAGCUGACCGUUGCCAAGGAGCAGUACCAUGAGUUCGUGGUCCAGGAGGCGGCGGUGACUCGGCUGUGCCGGAAGCACAGCAUCAUGACGGUGAACGGGCAGUUCCCGGGGCCGGCGUUGGAGGUGAGCGAGGGCGACUCGCUCAUCGUCCGGGUCAUCAACCGGGGCAGCUACAACGUGACUGUGCACUGGCACGGCGUCCGGCAGAUGCGGACGGGAUGGUCGGACGGGCCCGAGUACGUGACGCAGUGCCCCAUCCGCCCUGGCCAGAGCUACACCUACCGCUUCACCGUCGCCGGGCAGGAGGGCACCCUGUGGUGGCACGCCCACAGCUCCUGGCUCAGGGCCACCGUCCAUGGCGCCCUCAUCAUCCGCCCACGCGCCGGCGUCCCCUACCCCUUCAACGGCGGCAAGCCGCCCGUCAGGGAGAUCCCCAUCCUGCUCGGGGAAUGGUGGGACAUGAACCCCAUCGACGUGGUCCGCACCGCCACCCGCACCGGCGCCGCGCCCAACAUCUCCGACGCCCUCACCGUCAACGGCCAGCCCGGCGACCUCUACAAGUGCUCCUCCAAAGACACCACGACGUUCCCCGUCAAGUCCGGCGAGACCAACCUGCUGCGCUUCAUCAACGCCGCACUCAACACGGAGCUCUUCGUCUCCCUCGCCGGACACACCAUGACCAUCGUCGGCGCCGACGCCUCCUACACCAAGCCCUACGCCACGUCGGUGCUCAUGAUCGCCCCCGGCCAGACCACCGACGUCCUCGUCACCUUCGACCAGCCGCCCGCCCGGUACUACCUCGCCGCCCGCGCUUACUCCAGCGCCCAGGGCGUCCCCUUCGACAACACCACCACCACCGCCAUCUUCGACUACGGCACCAGCAGCAGCCGCCCCGCGAUGCCGACGCUCCCGGCCUACAACGACACGGCCACGGCCACGGCGUUCACGACAAGCCUGCGCGGCCUGCGCAAGGCGGAGCUCCCCUCGCGCGUCGACGAGAGCCUCUUCUUCACCGUCGGCGUCGGGCUCUUCAACUGCUCGACGGGCCAGAACUGCGGCGGGCCCAACAACACGCGGUUCGCGGCGAGCAUCAACAACGUCUCCUUCGUGCUGCCGUCCACCUUGUCCAUACUGCAGGCGCACUACGGUGGCGCGGCGGCGGCGGGCGUGUUCACCGCCGACUUCCCCGGCAACCCGCCAGUGCAGUUCGACUACACGGCGCAGAACGUGAGCCGCGCGCUGUGGCAGCCGGUGCCGGGAACCAAGGUGUACAGGCUCAGUUACGGCGCCGUCGUGCAGGUGGUGCUCCAGGGCACCAACAUCUUCGCGGCCGAGAACCACCCCAUCCACCUCCACGGCUACGACUUCUACAUCCUGGGCGAGGGCUCGGGCAACUUCGACGCCGGCAGGGACACGGGCAAGUUGAACCUGGACGACCCGCCGAUGAGGAACACGGUGGGCGUGCCGGUGAACGGGUGGGCGGUGAUCCGGUUCGUGGCCGACAACCCUGGGGUGUGGCUGAUGCACUGCCACCUGGACGUGCACAUCAGCUGGGGACUCGCCAUGGCGUUCCUGGUGGAGGACGGCGUUGGGGAGCUGCAGUCUCUCGAGGCACCUCCACCGGACCUCCCACUCUGCUGAAUAACAGUUGCAUGCAGACUCCAAGCUAGUUUUGGCCAUUCAUCUCAUCUGCUUAUUAUUACCUGAUGCUGAAUUAGUUGCUGAUUAUUAUGUACCAACUCACAUGAUUUUUUAUCCUCAAAAAAGCCUAGCUGCUGUCUGUCUACAUCGGAUUCAUCAAGAAACAUUGUCAAUUUAAUUCAGAAAUAUCGAAACAAAGAA